AUGGUCAAAAUCGCUCUACUCGGUGCCGCUGGUCAGAUAGGCACCCCACUCAGUCUCCUGUGCAAAGCAAGUGAUCUAUUUGACGAAAUCUCACUCUAUGAUAUUAUUCAUGUACCCGGCAUUGCCACCGAUUUGAACCAUAUCGACACCAGGGCCAGGGUCAGUGGCCACCUUCCCGAGGACUCCGGUCUUGAGAAGGCCCUCAAUGGCGCAGAUGUUGUCGUAGUAACCGCCGGUAUCGCUCGCAAGCCUGGUAUGACCAGGGAUGAUUUGUUCAGAACCAACGCCAGCAUCAUUCAAGACAUCUUCACUGAGAUCGCGGCCACAUGCCCACAAGCGAUGUGUUGUGUUGUUACGAAUCCGGUCAACUCGACUUUGCCAGUGGCCACUGAGGUACUGAAGAAAGCCGGUGUUUUUAAUCCCACCCAUAUCUUCGGUGUGACAACCUUGGAUGUUGUUCGUGCCUCUACAUUUGCUGCCCACGCCUUGGGCGACAAUGUUGAUCCCAAGGACUUCAAGGUCCCGGUCAUUGGUGGUCACAGCGGUGCUACCAUUCUUCCCCUGUACAGUCAGGCUCAGCCUCCAGUCAACUUGGAUGAUGAAACUCUGGCAAAUGUGAUUAAUCGUGUUCAAUUUGGUGGCGACGAAAUUGUCAAGAGCAAGCAGGGGGCUGGAAGCGCCACGACGUGCAUGGCCUACGCUGGUUUCCGCUUCGUCAAGGCUCUUCUUGCAGGUAAAAGGGGAGAGUCUAUUACCGAGGAAGCCUUUGUCUACCUGCCGGGGAUUCCUGGAGGCAAGGAGAUUUCCGCUGAUCUUGGAGUUGACUACUUCGCUGUCAAGAUCCAGCUUGGAAAGGCGGGUGCUAUGAAGGCCUUACCUAUUGGCAAAAUAUCUGAACAUGAGACUAAAUUGCUCGAGGUGGCUCUCAGGGACCUCAAGGCAAAUAUCGCUACGAGCCUGUCUUUCAUGGUAUAG